CACUUUGUAUAGGUGCAGAUUGAGCUUGGAAGCAAUUGUCGCGCAUUCACUACAAUUGAUUCUGGCAUCCAACAGACCCAAUCUCACCACACGUACCACACACAAACUUCCCCCCCAACAACUACCGCAUCACCUCCCGCCUUGCGAUCUCUACACUCCUCCAUCUUCAACCGUGCGCAACCAAGCACGACAGACAUACAACUAUGACCUCAACAACCACCCCCUCCGCCCUAACAACCCUUGUCACCUCCUACGCAACACCAGCAUCAACAUCACCAUCAUCCUCAAUUCCCACCACAACCCCAAGCUCCAACCUCAACCUCAACCUCAACCCCAAAACCUCCGCCCUCACCCUCCAAGUCCUCCACAACCUGCAACACCAACACCUCUGGACCUCCCUCCAAAUCCACGAGCUCCCAUCCACUGUCCCUACUGCCCCAACAUACACCGAAUCCCGCACCGAAACAAUUAACCUCAUCUCGGGAAUCCCCCCGCACCGCCUCUACACCCACCCGGACGAGCAAUUCUACCUCCUCGAACGCGGGCUCCGCGAGGAGGACCUCGAGCUCGAACGAAUGUUCGUCCUCCCCACCGUGCAGGGCCACACGUGGAGUCUCCGGCGGUUGGCCGGGGUGUUUGACGCGCUGCCGGAGGCGGAGGAUCUUGGGGAUCUGGGGGGUGAAGUUGAGGAUGAGGCGGGGGUGGUGGUGGUGGUGGGCGAGGAUGAUAACGGCAGCAAUAACGGUAGCGGCAGAAGCAAGGCGGACAAGUUGAAGGAAUACUACCGGUAUCGGAAACAGGCCCGUGCUACUAGGGAGUGGGGUGGGAAGAGGAUGCUUCUCGCUAUGGUGGAUAGGCAGAUGGGUGGGGAUAGUACGGUGGUCUAUUAUGUUGUGCAGGAUGGUGCGGUGAAGCCAAGACAGAAUUGA